GCGUAAAUAGCACGCGACACGUUUUCGCGAUGCUUGGAAACACGCAAGUUCUGUAUUGAAAAAGAUAGCAGCGGAAUUCUAUAAAACCGGUUCAUAUUUGUUCUUCUGUUAUUGGAUUAAAACGCGACAGAGUCAUCGUUUGCCUGAAAGGCACAAGGUUUGUAACGUUUUUUAGAGUCGCUUUUUGGAAAAAGUCAAUUUUUAAUGGGAAAGUGGCGCUUUUGUUGUAACUUAGUUCUCUCGGUAAUACAGCAGUCUAACUUCAAUAAUCGUAACUAGUCGUCUUGUCGGUCAACCAUGUUUCACAACAGCUCCCAGAAGAAAUUCUGGACAUUUGAUAAAGAGGAAACUUUAGACAAAUUAAGACUGGAAGCUAAUCAGAAUUUCUUCAAUAAAGCUCUGUCCAGCGGUAAGCCCGGUAUAAAUGAAUCAAUGCUUCUCGAUCAAAGGGAAGAGAAGGUGCUUUUUAGGCACUAUGAGAAAAGAUUACUGGACUUCUGCAGUAUAUUCAAGCCUGCAAUGCCGAAAUCGGUUGUGGGCACAGCCUGUAUGUAUUUUCGUAGAUUCUAUUUGAACAACUCCUUAAUGGAGUAUCACCCUCGGACAAUAAUGUUGACAUGUGCUUAUCUCUCCUGUAAAGUGGACGAGUUUAAUGUUUCUAGCUCGCAGUUUGUGGGAAACCUUCAGGAGACCCCAGCAGCACAGGAGAAGGCUCUAGAACAGAUUUUGGAGUAUGAACUGCUUCUCAUACAGCAGCUUAAUUUUCAUCUGGUUGUUCACAAUCCUUAUCGACCCUUAGAGGGCUUUCUUAUUGACCUGAAGACAAGAUACCCAUUGUUGGAGAACCCCGAGAUGCUAAGAAAGAGUGCUGAGGACUUUCUCAACAGAGCAACAAUGACAGAUGCUGGGCUCCUCUUCUCUCCAUCCCAGAUUGCCCUCACCUCCAUUCUAAACAGUGCUGCACGCGCCGGGCUCAAGAUGGAGACUUAUUUGAUGGAAUGCAUCGGACUUAAGGCGGACAAAGAGACCCUCUCAAAGAUGUAUGAUUCCAUGAGACGAAAAGAAAACAUGGAUAUGAAGAUGAUGAUCACGUUGUGAAAAAGCAGAUGAUUACUGAAGAAGAGUGGACUGAUGAGGAUUUGGACGCAUUGUAACGACAUUGUAGCUUUUCCAGUGUUUUUAAAGCGGUGAGAGAUCCAUGAAUUGUGGUUUUUGGACAACCUGUGUGUGACUCUUUCAUGAGCAAGAGUUUAGGAUGUGGACAUUUACAUAUGAAUUUGGUAUCACUAAGAGUAAAGGGCAGAAUCUUCAAGCCAAUCAAGAUUGUAAAUAUAUAAAAAAAAAAGUUGUGUAAUGUGAAACUUCUUCUCCUAUGAAAAUAAAAUAUUUUUUAAUA